GGUCCAGACCUAGAAAACACUUCCUCAUCCGCCUCGCCUGCUCGCCGCAGUGAAGUCACAUUUGAAACCCUUUUUUCCAGGAGCAAUAACCUAUUUUAGUUUUUUUUCUUCUGACAUAACCACAUGUUAUGUUGAACUUCGGACUGAUUGGUUGCGUGUUAUUGUUUUAUUGCGGAAGACUGGAAGCGAGCCGAGCCGCGUCUCCGUCGGUGGAGCUGCUUGGAAACGAAACUUUGAAGGCGAAAAAAGCGACCGAGCUCACAAUGUUCAACUCUUGGACGCUGGUUUGAAAAACGCAUCAUGGACGGUGAGAGGAGCGAUGGGGGAGGGGAAGCGGAGGUGGAGGAUGAGUUUGCGUGUGCUGGGGUUCUCCGAGGAUCUCUGGCGUCCCUUCACGGCACCGUGGAGCGGAUAUUCGGAGUGAGGUUCGAAGUCGGGACGGAUGAUACGUCACAGGACAACAACGGACAGAUAUGGCUCAAGCUACAAGGGCGGAGGAAGAACGUGACGGCUGCCAAAUUGUUUGUGAAAGGAGUCGUGAACCAGGAGGAGCAGCAGGAGGUUUCAUAUCCCGGGCUCCUUCACUGCGUCUUCUGUGGAGCCAGAGGGCUGUUCAUGGACUCCCUGAUCAAAAGCACCUCUGCACAUAUCGUGGUUGGCUCUACAGGAUUCCUGCUAAUAUCAGGUCUUGCCGAGCCAGUGGUCCGAGCCUACUCCCUUAUUAUGGACCUGGUGGAGAGGUAUGAGGGCAUACAGUCCAGACGCUCUGACACUGGAGAUCGAGGCUCUGGGGAGUCUUUGGAUUCUCGCCGAGCCUUUAAAACCCUCGUAGAGAACUGGGAGGACAGGCACAUCUUGGAUCUUCUGGUUCUACCAGGGUCAGUGAAGGAAAUUCUGCUGGAUUUGGUGAAAGACUCUGGGAUUGGAUCUAACACCGAUUUUACAGUUCAAGAUGGAUAUACAGGGGCAGGACCACUUGGGGAUUUAGAGGAUAAAUGGGACAGAACUACUGAUCAAUGGAUUGAAGGAACAAGUGCAAGUUUGCCGAGAGACACAGUUAGGGAGUCCCUCUUCCAGUCUGAAGGCUCUAGUGGUAGGGCAGAGGAGGCUGAGGGUGCUGAGAAAAGACUUAUGAGUUCUCCACAGGAGGUUGAGGAAGAGGAGCAGAUGGAACAGGAGGCAACGGUAGGCACCAAGGUGAACGAAGGACUUGGGGAGGGGGAAGUACUUGAGCUCCAGUCACCAGUGGGAAAUAAAGAGUUCUGGCUUCUUCUUAAGUUCUUCACAGCCAUGGGGUACACGGAGGAUGUUGUGAAACGAGUUCUUGCGCAAACUGGCCCUAAGGAGGCAUCGCAGAUACUGGACUUGGUGCAACAGGAGAAGGAUCGCAGUGACCGUGAGAACAAUCAAGAUACUGCUGCCUCGAAUCACAGGGAGAGGAACCGACCUUGUGAGACGGAGCACAGAGAAGAUGUAGAACUGGCAGCUGGAGGAGAUAACCAGAUGGGUAGUAAGGUAAAGGCACAAGACGUUAGUGGUGAAGAUGAGAAUGGUGCAACAGGAACAAGACACGUUGAUGAAGAGGCUAGGGACAAGGAAAAAGAGGAUUCUGAAGAGGACUUUGUCUUGGGAGUGGUGAAAAAAGCAGCUGCCAGUUGCGGGUACAUGGAGCAGAACGUAGCCAAAGUCUACAACAAGCUGCACGAUGGAUCCACCCACCAGCUGAUCCUGGAACUGCAGAGGGAGGAGGGAAGAGAAGUGGGGGCCUUUCGGGAAGAGCCGAGAGAGAUGGAUGAUGUGGUGCUGGAGAAAGAAGGAUCGAAAGUCGGACCGGCGGAGAACAAAGCACAUGUCGAAAUUGAUCUUUUCAGACCUGCCGAAAAGAGAGAAUCUGAUGUUAGAGGAUGGGUAGAACUACCAAAUCCAAAUGUUGGAGAGCGAGAUUUGCUUUCUUGGCUUAAUAAGCCUCAACAGCCCCCCACUAGUCAAAAAACCUCACACCAAAUCAUCCUGCCUGAUGUCAAAGGGCCACCAAAGCCUACUUAUUCCUCGUCCUUGGAUACGGCCCGAACCAAUUUCCAAACCAACAAACCAUUUGGCCAAACCAACACCAGAGCCAAUACCUCCGCACCAAAACCAACCCAACCCAACCACGACAAUGUCUCAAACCCUAAGUCCCACUCUUCUACCUCUUUCAAACGAGGGCUCCAAGCACAUACACCCUCGUUUUUCGCAAGAACUGACUCGUCUCCGAACAGAGCGAAGGAAAGACGUGGCAUCGUGGCUCCUUCUCCGGUGGUGGUAACAGGGGAGCAGCGUUUUCUAGAAGGGCUGCAGGCGAGCUUUGACCUUCAGCUAACAGAUAAACCCGGAGACCCGAAACUGAGGACCAUCAUCAUUGACGGGAGCAACGUUGCCAUGAGCCACGGGUUGAGUCUUUUCUUUUCCUGCCGUGGGAUUGCGUUGGCCGUUCAGCACUUCUGGGACCGAGGCCAUCGACACAUCAGCGCCCUCUUGCCCCAGUGGAGACAAAAGAGCGACCCCAGGAUUAAAGAGAAGCACUAUCUGACCGAGCUGCAGAACCUGGGCCUGGUCUCCUACACGCCCUCCAGAGAGGUCCAAGGCAAGAGGAUCAGCUCGUACGAUGACAGAUUCAUGCUGCAGCUUGCACAGAAGACAGAUGGAGUGAUCGUAACUAACGACAACCUGAGGGACCUCUCAGAUGAGUCCGCCGUCUGGAGGGACAUCAUCAAAAAGAGACUUCUUCAGUACACGUUUGUCGGAGAUCACUUCAUGGUGCCAGACGACCCUUUGGGCAGAGGAGGGCCUCACCUGGACGACUUCCUGCGCUCAGAACACAGGACUCCUGACCCAGGAAACCACUCUUUUGCCGGCACAGCCACCACUUUCCCUUCCUUCAAAACUCCACGCUCCCAAACGGAGGUCUUGAACUUCCGUGACAGAACCGCAGGCGGCGCUUUGGAUGUGACACAGGGAGGGAAUCGGGGCAAAGGGCGAGGAAAGGGACAACACGUCAGGAGUCUAGAGGAAACAGAGAGUCUUAGAGAGCAGCUCUGUCAGGUGUUUCUGGGUCAGGACAACAUGGUGGCGCUGGUGCUUCAGAGCCACCCGUCCGAGAUGGACGUUAACGUGCUGUCGGAUAUGAUCUUACAGCAGCAGGCGGACUAGACAGCUUGUUAGUCUUAAUGUUUUUAAUGAAGUGAAAUUGGACUUUUGUUGCGCUGAAUUUGUCCCAGUUUAAGCGAUAUAAUUAUAAACUCUCACCAAAAGAAUUACAAGAAAUCAUACUUACUAUAUUGGUUUGCAGAAGCAUGGAAUUUACAAAAGCACCACGGGUUAUGUGUCUAAUGUGAUAUUAUUCUUAUUUGUGUCCACUCACAACUCUUACAUUUGUAGAAAAAAAUCUUUUAAAACUCUUUUUAAAAAUAGAUUCAUCCAUUGUUUUAAACAUUGACCUCUCCCUGAGGUCAAUGUCAUUUUUACUAAGAAGAGAAGCUACUAAGGCUAAACUGGUUCUCUCUGCAUUUUUCAUAAAUAGUAAGGAAAUUAUCUUCUGUUCUCUUCAAGGUGAGUUAGACUUGUUUCCCCUGUAGAGGCAGACCACAUGUUGCACGUUAAACAAUAUGUUAAUUCUGUUUACAUGUUGGUAGAGGCCGAGACUCUCUGUCCUUGUCUUAUUACAAAUCAGUUUGCAAAUCAAAUAGACAUAAACAGUCUGACAAAUCCCGUUACUUUCACUACUUCCUGGUUAAGAAACUAAACAGACAAAAAGAAGGAAAAACCCUCAAGAAUGUCAGGUCUUUUCUUCAAGUUAAACAACAUAUUCUAACCCAGCUAACAUAAGAGGAAGGCUAACGUUAGCAUUGAACCUCACCUUGGCUUGCACUACUGUUUGACAUUCCUGUAUGAUAACAUUAGGAAAGUGAACAUUCCUAGCUGGGUAGCUCACAGUGAUGCUAGUUAGAAAUGACUAUCCAGUUUUGUUUUAUCUCUGACCAAAUGACUGCACAACUUAGAAUAUUCCAAUCAGCCCCAGCUUUUACUGCGUUGUGUUUCAUGCUAAAUGGCAAUGUCACAAUGCUAACAGGUUAAACUAAUGUGUUAAACAUGGUAAACUUACCUGCUAAAUAUGAACAAGCUAGCUCUGUCUCUGUGAACCCGUUACCAUUUAGCUCGAGUACAGAGUCACUGAAUCACUAGCUUGUCUAUAGAGUCUAAGUCUCUUUGAAAUUCUAAUUAAAAACACGACCAGUGCUUAAUGAUACCAGCAUCCUCUUGGUUAGUUAAAUGUCUUAUUAACAACUAAAAAAAAAAAACAGCACUAUUUUUUUGUUUUUUUAUCACGCAGCAGCGCUACUUUGGCCCUUCAUGCAAAAAAAAGUUUAAAAAAAUAAAAUAAUUGUGCAAUUUUUUAUCAUUUGUGUGAACAACAGGCUAUCACUUUUCAUGCACAAGCAAUAUGAGAAAUUUAAUUUUUCUGCGUUCUGGGUUUAUUGUUCCCUAUUUAAUACUGUUGCGUAUUGCAGCUAUUGCAUUAAUGUGUUGGUCAAAUCAGGUAGUUUUUUGUAAUGGUUGUACCUCCAGAUGUGGGUCAGAGGUGUUAUAAGCCACCUUAGAAAAAUAUGAAACCUGACAAUAUUUUUUUACUCUAAGUCUUAGUGUUUUUAACUUAUUUUUUUACAAGGGCUGAUGAUGUCAUGACCUGAGCUUUGGGCCUAAGAACACAAAGUGUAGAUCCUCACGGCAGUCAGUCAGAGGCUAUUUUUAUCAUGGUUCACGAAUUGUGACAUUUAUUUUUCUGAUAUGUAUUGUUUAUAUCUGUACAUGUUAAGAGCUUAAUUCUGAACUGCUGCCUUUGUUUUGCAUUGAAGUACUUCUUGAUUCAAAAGAUAAAAAUCUUCUGUUAUUUGAA